UGGAGAUGUUCACCCGGUUCUCCAGGGAGCAGGGCCUGACAGACGACGAGAUCCUCAUCCUGCCGCAGACGGACAAAUGCAUGGCAGAUGCUGCUUAGGUGAGUCCUGCCUUCACUGGAGCUCAGACCAGCCCUGCCAGAUGGCAGACCCACCAGCUGCUGCCAGCCCGAGCCCCAACAGCACCGGGAGCUGGUGACUACCCUGCCCAUCUGGCCCCCUACACCGCAGCAGCCUUUGCUCCCUGGCUUCACAACCCACACCUGUAUCCCUGUCUCAAUUAAAGCCCGUAAAAAAAACAGCCCUUGCCUGCUGGAUUGUUGUGGGGCAGGCCCAAAGAAGGCAAUGGGCAGGGGAAAGCAUGGCCAAUAGGGUUGGGACUGGGGUUAGUGGUCAGGGCUGACCCCAGCUCCUGGCUAUGGAGCUGCUGGGCUGAGACCCCAUGUGCACUCACAGCCCUGUCCUGUGGUGCUGCCUGGCCACUGAACCUGCCCUGUCCCACAAAAAGGGGUCCCUGAGUCUAGGACCCACUGGGGCAUCUGCUCCCCCUCUGCCCCCUGGGUACCCUGGGCUCCCCCAACCUCCCUGCCUUGGUUUUCCUGCUGGAGAGCAGGCUGGCAGCAUGGGAAUGGGGCAAUGGGCAAUCAGGAGGUCUCCAGAAGUUUGGGGAAGGAUGGACAUGAAGAAGAAGGAUGUCUGUAAGCUCUGGGUGUGGCUUGAUCCUGGCCACUUCCUGGGCUCCAUCCCAUGAACUCAGACCCUCUCCAGCAGUGGCGUCUGAGCCUGCUGCCACCAGCCUAAGAAGCCACCACCACUUCUGAGGGCACCAAGGCUGUGGCUUAGCCUGGGGUAGAACACCAACACAACCAUUCUCUGGCACUGAGGAUCCAGAGGCAGGAUCCAUCCCACCACUGACAGACCCCAGAACCAAUGGGAACAGCCAGGAGCGGGACCCUGGGAUGCAUGUCACACUCCUCCCUAUACACAGGGCGUGCUCUGGGCUGGGUCUCACACAAGGCUGCAUUCAUCUGGAACUGGGGGGACAGGGCCAGCACUGUCACCUAAGCCAGGUUAUCCCUGCUCUUGUGUAACCUGUUGCAUAAAGCUGGUGUGGGCAGGAGUGCUGCCAGCAGUGGGGGCUAUAAAGUGGGUGCAGCCUCUCCUGCCCACAUCCACUCCAGGGUGAGGAUGACAGCAGCACUGCCCAGCCUGGCUCUGGCCCUGCUCUGUGGGCUGCAGGCAGGGGCCCAGCUCCCUGUGCAGCCAGACUUGGACACCAAGAAGGUAAGUGGGUGCUGCCUGGCACAUCCUGCCUGGGCUGGAGGGGCUGGCUGGGGCAGGGGGCCUGUGCUGCACCCCUGGGCACCUGCCAGCCCCACCACUGAGCCAGCUCCAGGGCAGCUUCCAGGAGAGCCUCUGCAAAACCAGGUUAGUCCUGGCUGCUGUAUCCAGUGCCAACAACAGCCCCACUGCAAGGACACCAGCAUGUGGGGCCAUGAUGUCUGCAAGUGUGUGGCACUUUCCCAGGGAACAUGGGCCAGGUGCUGCACCUGUACUCUUAGCAUGGGGUAGGACAGGGUGUUCUGCAUGCAGGAAGGUGGCAGGUCCCCAUGUUUGCCCCCAGGUGGCUCUGUCCCCACAGAGGGUGGCAGGUUUCUGCAGUGGGCUGUCAUGUUCUCCACGGUGGAGGGCAGAUCCCCACAGAUGGUGGCAGGUCUCUGAAGAGGGUGACAGUCCCCACAGACAGUGGCAGGUCCACUGCAGGUUGGCAAAUUUCUGCAGUGGGCUUCCAGUCCCCUAUGGAGGAGCACAGGUCCCCCUGGCAGGUCCCCACAACUUUUCCAAAUUCCACUGGUGACGCCCUGCUGCAGUUUGCAGGGGUGUGGCAUGUCACAGCCAUUGCUUCCAACUGCUCCAUCUUCCUGAAGAUGAAGGAUGGGAUGAAGUCAUCCGUGGCCAUCAUCAGCUUCACACCAGAAGGGGACCUGGCCAUGAAGUUGGUGUGGCCCCUGAUGGACAAAUGCCAAAAGUUUGAGCUGCUCUUCCAGCAGAGCGGGCAGGCAGGGCACUACAUGGGUGCACAAGAGAAGAGGAAUCUGAGCGUGAUGGAGACAGACUACAGCCACUACGCUGUCCUGCGCGAGGUCCAGCUCAGCGAGGCAGAGCCCAGCAUGGCACUGCAGCUCCUCAGUGCGUUGGGAGUGGGGACCUGGCUCCUGGGAAGGGAUGGGGGCACCAGCGGGCAGGGGCUGGGCUUCCCACCACGAGCCAGGGCCACCACCAGCAGCACCCCAUGUCCAUCACCUAGGGAAUUAAUUUUGGGGUGAAUGAAACUUUGCACUAAAGAAAUCUCCAGUGAGGGUUAAACCAGAGCCCCCUGAAGUGUGCAAGCCCAAGCCUGCCAGCUACCCCAUACCACCCCAAACAAAUGGGUCGCUGAUCCCAAGGGGCUUGUGCCCCUUUGCUGCCAGCCCAGGGCAGCUGUGCAUUGCCUGGUGUCCACCCUGCAUGUUCAUUGCUUCACCUUGGCCCUUCCCUGGGCUCCAGCUGCUGCCCCGCAGUACCUGGACCCCCAGUGUGGGGCUGGCUGCUGGGAUUCCUUGUACUCACCAGCCCCCACUUUGGUGUGUGGCUGCAGCAAGGGAGCAGGAUGUGAGUAGCCAGCUCCUGCAGAAGUUCAUGGAGCUCAUCCCCACCACGGGCCUGACCGAGGACAUGCUGGCCAUCCUGCCCAAGUCGGGUGAGUGGCCCAAGGGCACAGCGUG